CAGACUAGGAAGUGCUGCUGUUGCUUACCGACAGACAGCAGCAGAUAGCAGCAGCAACAACACACUGUAUUAGCUGCCGUUUCUCUGUCACAGGUGUGCCCACUGAUGUUUUUUAUGACAAGUGAUGAGGCGAGGAAAGGAAUGUCCUCCAACAGCGGCUGAAAAAUGAAAACCAGGUGACUCAUUGGUGACUCAUUGGCUAAGACAUGUGUGGCUAAUAAAGAAGAUGAGACCACACAGAGACAUGGACACCAGUCAAUAGCAAACCAUAAUUCUUCAUUAUUUUGCACAUUGUAGUCACUGAAAUAUAAACUGCAUACCUUUUACUGCUUGUGGAAUGGAUCCUUAUCAAUAACUAGUGCUAAAAAUGUCUCUGGGUGAGCAGUCUCAAAAGUGGUUUCCAACCCACGUCCAAGCCACAGUUCUCCAGGCAAGUGGUCUACAGCCCAAAGGCAAAAGUGGCACAAAUGAUGCCUUCACUAUCAUUCAACUGGGCAAGGAAAAGUACUCGACAUCAGUGGCAGAGAAAACACUCAAUCCAGUCUGGAGAGAAGAAGCCUCCUUUGAGUUACCUGGCCUGCUCUUGGAGGGCAACCCAGAAGUCUAUCAACUUUGCCUGAUUGUGAUGCAUCGCUCCUUGGUUGGAAUGGACAAGUUCUUAGGUCAGAAGUCAAUCAAUCUUAAUGAAAUAUUCGAUAACAAGGAGCGAAAGAAAACUGACUGGUAUUCCCUGGAGUCCAAACCAGGACAGAAGAGGAAAGAACGGGGUCGCAUCCAAGUUAGCAUCCAGUUCAUGAGAAACAACAUGACGGCCAGCAUGUUUGACCUCUCAAUGAAAGAGAAGCCUCGUUCUCCUUUCUCCAAGAUAAAGGACAAAAUGAAGGGUCGAAAGCAUGACAGCGGCCUUGGUGAUGCAUCCUCAGCCAUUCUGCCUCGUUCUGCUGUGUGUGAGUCAGAGCCCAACUCCCAAUCUUCUGGCCAAGACCAACAACCCAAGACUGACGGAAAGGUCAAAAGGCCGUUGCUGGCUGGGUCCCAUAAACUCUCUGCAGCCCAUUCUAUGUCAGAUCUGAUUGAGUCCCACUUUCGGCCUAAGCUGGACUCCAUGAACUCAAUUGAUGAGAGAAGGAGUACAGGUGUACCUCACAGGCGUUCCCAGAGCAUAGUGCCCGACUAUCAGGACACUGAGGCACACGGUGACCCUUUCACUGAUAUCAGUGACACCCUGCCACAGAAGUAUGCCACGCUCCCACGCAAUCACAACCCAUUUGAGGAGGAGCGCGGGCAGCUGUGGGACCGUGGUGAGCGGAAGGAGAAAAAGGAGAAAGUAAGCCUCUUGGAACGCGUGACUGGGAGGAAGGAAGGUCGCAAACCUGGCAACGGAGGUCGAUUUGGCAGCUCGGGAGACCUGCGUUCCCCCAACCCUUUUAGUGGAGACCCACAAGCAGAUACAAACCCAUUCAGCUUCAACUACAAAUCCAGUGAUAAAAAGUCAUCAGGAAAAGACGACGACAUCACCUUAGGCCACAAGAAAAAGGACAUCUUUGGCAGGAAGAACGAGGUGAGACAGGAGAGCGUGGCUGCCUACCGCAACUUAUCUUUUGAAGAAGUUGUGCAAGAACUCAUCAAGCAAAAAGAAGUAGUGAGAAAAAAAGACGCUCACAUCCGAGAACUGGAAGACUACAUCGACAACCUCCUGGUGCGGGUUAUGGAGGAAACGCCAAACAUUUUACGAACACCGUAUGAGCCAAAAAAGAAGGCGGGUAAACGUUGUAAAAAACAGUGAGAAGCAAAAUAAUUGGAGGUCGGUUACUAAUGAAGGGUUAGUGGAAGCUAAUGUAGUAGUUUGAUUCAUGUAAAGAUGGAGUAGAGGAUGGGUUUUAUCACAGCCAAACUUCCAGGACAUUUUUAAUGAAUUAAUGUAAUUCUUGCAACAUUUUGUAUAUUUUGAUUAUCUUAGUUUUUGUUUGACAUUCCUGUGCACCUGUUUAAAAAGUCCUCCCUGAAUACUAGUGGUUUAUAAUUAGGUACUGAGGCAGGAUGAAUAGUAUUUAUAAGGAUUCAGGUUGGUUUCACACUUGAACCUUAUCUCAGCCCAGUAGAACCUAGAUCAGUGAAAACACACUAAUUUACACACUGAUCAGUAAAAGAGUUCAAAUUUGGGUUUGCGUAUUCUGCGCCAUGUUAACUAGCGCUUCAUUUUGCACUGUAUUCUAAACUGAUUAGUUUGCUAGGUCACCGAAUUGUAACCCUGAAAACACAUGAGAGCCUGUGGCUUCAUUUGGGUUGUGUUCACACUUGUCAUGUUUGGUGUAUUAAUAUGAAUCCUGGUGGCAUAAAUGCUAACCUCCACACAUUAGCAAACACACUAAUGGCGAGUCUGCUAAAGCUCGGUUGUUAGGUUGUUACUUUACACUUCAUUUGGUUCACACCAGGACAACUCUUUAAAUAUUGAAUCCUCCUCUUUAAGGCUUUUACAUGUGCAUUUUCAUCACCUGAUCCAAAAAGUCACAUUUUGGAUUUAUGGACAUGUUUAUGUCCACAUUGAUGAAAUUGCAUAGUAAGUGAAAAGGUUCUAUGAUUUGUGUUGUUUAAAGAAACACAGAAAUAACCCAAACCAUUUAAAGUUUAUUUCUUUAGAAGCCUAAUGAAUGUGAACUGUAUUGUCAUCAGGAUGUUAAGGAGGAAUCUUAAAAAUCUGUAAUCAAAGCAGGCAGAUCCAUGGUGCUUUAUCAAUAAUUUCCAUAAAACAUUGUUUUUGGAGCUAGCCCUGCUGGCCAAAAGUGGUACAGCAGUUGGAUCAUAAUAUCCAGGGGUCUUCAAAACUCCUGUGAACCCAACAUGACAAUGUCAACCCAACUUUUAAAGAAGGACUGU